AUGGAAGUUGAUGUAAAUGGAGAGUCCAGAACUUCCUUGUCCACCCUCCCUGUGCCUCUUGCAGAGGUGAGCUCUGCAAGCAGGAUGGAAGCAGAAAAGCCCCGCUGUUCCAGUACCCCCUGCUCACCAAUGCGGCAGACAGUUGCGGGAUAUCAGAUCCUCCACAUGGAUUCUAACUACCUGGUUGGCUUCACAACUGGAGAGGAGCUGCUAAAAUUAGCCCAGAAGUGUACAGGAAGUGAAGAGAAUAAAGGGGAAUCUGGGCUGAACUUGUGCUCCAGACAGCUGGAUUCAGGGCUCGCACGUUCCUCCCGUUUGUACAAAACUAGAAGUAGGUACUAUCAGCCAUAUGAGAUCCCAGCAGUAAAUGGAAGGAGGAGGAGGCGGAUGCCCAGCUCAGGGGAUAAAUGCAAUAAGGUUUUACAUGGUCCCCUGCCCCUCUGCCUUUUGAAAGGUAAAAGGGCUCAUUCAAAAUCCCUAGACUACCUCAACUUAGACAAAAUGAGCAUUAAGGAACCUGCUGACACAGAAGUGCUACAAUACCAGCUCCAACACCUCACCCUUAGAGGGGACCGUAUGUUUGCAAGAAAUAGCACAUGA